AUGGGAAGGUUCCAGGUCAUUGUUCUUCUCGCCAUUUUGAGCACCGCUUUUGCCAAGCUGGUUGUUGAUGUGGCCCCCGAAACAUCACAACCAUACGUUCUCCCGAACCUGAAGGGCGCUGCUGUUGAUUUUGGCGGACUGAUACUACGAACACUCGUUGCAAACUCAACCUCCUCUGGCAGUUUCUCACUUCUGGGCGUUCAUUCAGGUCCAAGUGGACUCAACCUAAUUCAUUCGCAUAAGGAAGUUGAGGCCUUUUACACUCUCAAAGGCAGUGUUCAGGUGUUUCACAAUGCUGAUCAAGGCCGUCAAAUGUCUGCAAACGACUUCGUGUUUCUUGCACCUGGCAACAAUCAUACAUACCGACCCAACGACUUGGACUUUCAGCUGACCCUUGCAAUGGCACCGGGUGGCAUCGAUGAUUUCUUCGCGGCCACGGGAAUUCCUUACACGUCUUCUGCGCCUUUCAACCCAGACGAUCAUUCUCAGCUUAAUGUCACAAAGGUGCUUGGUUUAAUGCCCAAGUAUAACAUUGUUCCGGCUCCAACCAACAAAAUCAACCUGGACUGGAUCAAUGGUACCACUGAGGAUGGUUUGGACACCUGGCACUCAGCCAAUCAAUCGUUGCCGUCUGAUCCAUCGGAGGCAUAUUUCAUUUCAAGCAAUCGGGGCCCCAAAUACCUUGUGCGAGAUAGUGGGACAGUAGUUGCACAGCUCGCAUCUGCACAACAGACACAAGAGAAAUUGACGGUUGCAACCAUCACGCUGAGAAAUAAUGGGGAAUCGACUGAUGUCCAUGUCUUUGACAUGGACCAAGCAUUCCAAAUCACUGAAGGCCAAUUGACGCUCGAGAUCGAAGAUGAGGUUGUACAACUUAUUUUUGGCGACUUAGCAUUUAUUCCCAGGGGAACAUGCUUCAGAUAUUGGUCCGAAGUGGGCUUUACCAAGUUCAUAAACUGGUCUGCCGGCUUCGGUCUUGCAGAUAGUCUGAUCGAAGAUGCAGAACCUUGGCAACAUGCUGUAUGGCCUGCUUGA